AUGGACGCGUCAAUUGAAUUUGAAGAGAAAUUACGGGAGUGUGCAUGCACUGGAGAUAUCGAAUCUAUCAGAAAACUGUUAGAGAUACAGAAUACAGAUGUCAAUGCACAAAAUCGAAUGAAUGGAUGGACUGCACUACACUGGGCAUCUAAGCGUAAUCAACGGACAGUUGUAGCCUAUUUACUCACCAAGGGAGCUAACCCCAACCUACCCAACAAAGAAGGGGAAUACCCAGCUAAUCUUUCAAGUGAUGCUGAUAUCAGAGAAAUGCUUGGAGCAGGUGAUACAGCAGAGGUAAAGCAAUCUAAAUUGCCAAUCACCCCAGGAUAUUUGGCUAAUCCACCCUUCCCUUACACACAACCUGGCUACGGAGGUGGUACAUCAGCUGGUCAAACAACUUCCACUGUAGAAUCAGCAUCAAGACCCCACCAACACAACAGUUUGGAUGAAAAUGAAAUUGUGCUGAAGAUAAGACUGGCAAAUUCAGAUGAGCGAGACUUUCUUGAAGUGGAACUUGAAAGGUCAAAUCUGGGUUUUGAAUCUUUACUGAAUCUCAUGUGCAGAGAACUUGGUGUUGAUCGAAGAUCGGUACAAAAAAUCAGGAAACUACCUGAUACAAUUGUAAGAAAGGACAAAGACGUUCGCCGAAUGCGGGAUUUCCAAGAAUUGGAGUUAGUGCUGACCAAUAGAGCAAUGAGCAGUUCAUCUCGGAACUACAGUGGCCUUUCAGGACCUGGAAUGAACAAUGGAGUACGCAAUGAACAAAUAUUAUAUUGAUAUCAUUGUUAAAUUUCUAUAUAACAGUUUAUGAUGAUGCCCAAUGGAAAGCUGACGAAGUUUUAAACAGUCUCACAAGAAAUGAUCUGAUCUGAGAGUAACAUGUUCAAAAACUUGUGAUUUAUGGCAUUUAAAAUCAUUUAUAUUUUCUUCUUUCAUAGAUUAAUUUAGACUUAUAUGAAAAUAUUGAAACAGCCCAUAUAAAUGUAGUUUUGACUCAUUAAUCUGAAUUGAUGUCAAAGGGUGUUGAAAUAAUCACAAGGUUUAUCAUAUCAAAUAGGAAACAGGUGUGCAUUGUUUCUGUCUUAAUCUUAUUAAUUUUAAUAAGUGAAGUCAUUAACUUUUAAAACAUAUGAUAAGAAAAAUAUGUCCCUUUGAAUCAAAAGUGUCAUGAAAUCAAAUACAUGUAUUUGCAUUAAUCAUUUUGUGCCAUAAUGUGAAAAUAAAACUGCUUGUAUUUGCUUAAACAAAUGAUUUUAUUUCUGUAAAAUAAGAAAAAAAAACAAUAUCU